UUCAGUGUUUCCGCCAAAGAGUCUGCAAGUUUACAAGUUGCACGUUUGACAAUAUGCGACAGUCAUGAUUUGAUCGCGCUUUUGUUUACAGUAUUAAAGAGACGGCCGGCGGUUUGUUUGCCAACAGUUCAGUGCAGAACGCAAGGGAUUCACAUCAGUGUUGUAUUCUUAGCGGCAUUUCGUUCCACCGAGCUGUUCGUGUUGAUCUCGUGCUCCACUUUUCUGACCGUAGCACAAGAAGACAUGCAGCAAGAGCAGGAAACUGCUGGAAAAUCUAACUCUUCCGGCCUAUGGAUAUUUGGUUAUGGAUCUUUAUGCUGGCAUCCUGGGUUUGAAUUCGAUAAAUCUUUUAUCGGAUACGUUAGAGGUUUUUCAAGGAAAUUCUGGCAAGGGAAUACAACUCAUAGAGGAACCGAAAAGCAGCCUGGUCGUGUGGCAACGUUGGUUGAAGAUAAAGAAAGUAUAGUGUGGGGGCGGGCGUUCGAAGUCAGAGGCGAAGCGGCAUUACCAUACCUGGACACAAGAGAGUGCCAACUGGGUGGCUACCACGUGCAACUAACAUCUUUCUUCCCACAUAAAUUAGCACAUCGUUUGGAUUCCGACAGCACCAGUGGCCCACAACCCACAUCAUUCCCUGCACUGUUCUAUGUCGCGACACCAUCCAACAGAUUGUGGCUGGGUGACGCACCUCUAACAGAAAUCGCUUCUCAGAUUGUAGAGUGCAGUGGGCCCAGUGGUCAUAAUGUGGAGUACUUGCUGCGUCUUGCAGGCUUCAUGCACGAGUAUUUGCCUGAAGCUGUGGAUGAACACUUGUUCACACUGGAGUUUCUGGUGAGAUCAAGGAUAAAAGAACAAAAUCUGUGCUUAAAGACACUGAUGGGAGACUCUCUGAUGCCUGCUUCGCCUCCAGCAACACCCCCACAUGAACUGGAAGACGCCGAUGAAAACAAUGCUAUUGGCGGUGACCCUGCAGUCAGACCAGACUCGUUCCAAUUCACUUCACGAGUGCCCCCAAAGAAACUCCGUUGCCUCAAUAUUUGAUUUUUUGCCUUCUAUACUUGCGGGAAAAUACUCCGUGACCUUCAAAUUUAGGUCAUAAUUAAACAUAGAGACAAAUAUCACCAAAGAUGGCACUAUGUGUCAGUUCUGAUUAAUUUUGUCUGAUGACUUUUUAAUGCUGUAUUAUUCUGGAAUAUGAUUCUUGAUACCUACUGCAUGAGUAAGUUUAGAACAUACUAGACUGAAAACCUGGCAGGUCGAUCUCAUUCUUGAGUAUUAUCUAGGACUUCAGCUGCUCACUUGCCUGGACAUCUUGCUGAAGGAAAUCUGAUAUUCGUGAUGUAUAUAGGUAAUCAUGAACCUUAUGAGCAGAACCAGCUUCAUGGCACCGUUGAAUGGGACUCAUGUAAAGAAGAUUACAAAGAUUGAUUCCAAGAAGUUGUUUUCAUUGGUGUGCCUGUGGGGAUACAGGCUCAGGCAGUGGACUCAUCAUUGCCUCCUCACAUCUGUCUUGCCUGAUGGGUGUCGAGAAACUAUGGGUUUCAGGUUUGUGCCAUAUCAAAACUGGGAGUUGGAUGUCACCAAAGAAACCACAAAAUAUAAACUCUCAUUAACUUCAUGCAAUGAGUCUGAACCACAUUUACACGAAUCUGUGAAGAUGCAAGUAAUGUCCACUAAAAAGACGGAAGGAAAGUUUAAUCUUUGUUGAAACUUGAUGAUAAUGAUUCUUGAGAAGUAAAGUUUCCUUCUAGAUUGUAAAACAGAGAACCGCCUCCAAUCCAGAAUGUGAAAUAAAUAAAAUUGAAUAUACUACUACUAAUAAAGUAACAAAAUAACUGCAUAACGCAGUUAAUGGAGCUUCUUCCAUGGUUUUCACUUUCAAGCAGAAAUUUGGAAAAUGUAAAUAAACGGAGCAAACUCUUCCAUAAAGCUGCAGAUUUAAUCACACAGUAAAGAAAUAUAAGGAUUUCUCCCAUUGGUGUUUGUCCUGCAAACUGACUGUGCUGAUAUUCCAGUUGGACCAAAGAAUUUGCUUGUUUCAUUGAUGUGAAUAAAGUAUGAUUUAUUUUAAUAUUACUGUUUUAUGGGGUGUGAGCCAUGUAGUCUGACAGAAAGGUACCAGCUUUGUAGACAAACCUCCUGCCUCUGUCUUCAGGGCAAUAAAUAUCCUCAGAUGGAGGCAUCAGGUUCAUCCAAAAUGUCAGUAGAUACCUAGCUCCCAGACUACAAGAUAUAACAUCCUAUGUGAGAGCCAUCAUCAUGCUUGCCAUUGUAAGAACAUCAAAUCUCACAUGUGUCUUAUCUGUCAUAGAUAUUAAAAAAAUGCUGCACCCGAGUUGAAAUGAACAUCUGAAGACAGAAAGAUUCAGUGGAGAGUGCUACAAAUGUAACUGAAAUUACCAAAGAUGUAUUUAAUAUACUGAAAUAUAUUUUCUUUUAUUUA